GAAAGUUUUGUUUUUGUUUGAAUAAAACCAAGCUUUGAAAGUUGAAACCCUAGAAAUCCUCAAAGUUUGAGCCUGCCGAAACUCUCUUUCCUCUUUUCAUUUCUUACCAUUUUUAAGCAUAAAUUGAUUGAAGAAAACCCUAGAAAUUUUUUUGCUUUAAAUGCUAGUGAUUUCUGCAUACUUUAUCUCUCUUCUGUGCUUGACUUUAGGUGUGAAGAGAGAAAUUUCAGUUUCGUUUCUCUCUCUUGGGUUUUUUUUGUCUGGGUUUCUGAUCCUAAGAGGUGAAAUUUGAGGACGAUUCUGGAAUUUGAUCUGGAAAUUUGAGGUGAUUUGUGUGAAUUACUGUUUGAAUUUCUGGAUUUUUUUGGGGAAACGAUGUCGUCUUUAAGCAGGGAGUUGGUGUUUCUUAUACUCCAAUUCCUCGAAGAGGAGAAAUUUAAGGAGUCUGUUCACAGGCUUGAACAAGAAUCAGGGUUUUUUUUCAACAUGAAGUACUUUGAGGAGAAGGUACAAGCAGGGGAAUGGGAAGAGGUUGAGAAAUAUUUAUCAGGGUUUACCAAAGUGGAUGAUAACCGAUACUCUAUGAAGAUAUUCUUUGAAAUUAGGAAGCAAAAGUAUCUUGAAGCGCUUGACCGGCAAGAUAAAUCUAAGGCGGUUGAGAUACUUGUUGGUGACUUGAAAGUAUUUUCGACUUUCAAUGAAGAGCUCUAUAAGGAAAUUACACAGCUUUUAACUCUUACUAAUUUCAGGGAAAAUGAGCAGCUUUCCAAGUAUGGUGACACCAAAACAGCUCGUAACAUAAUGUUAAUAGAACUUAAAAAACUGAUAGAAGCAAAUCCACUUUUCCGUGAUAAGUUGGUGUUCCCGACUUUGAGGUCCUCAAGACUGCGUACAUUAAUCAAUCAAAGUUUGAAUUGGCAACAUCAGCUUUGUAAGAAUCCUAGGCCAAAUCCUGAUAUUAAGACAUUGUUUACGGAUCACACAUGCACUACUCCAAAUGGUGCUGUUGCUUCUGCACCUGUAACUCUUCCUGUGGCUGCUGUUGCAAAGCCUGCUGCUUACACACAGCUAGGAGCUCAUGGACCGUUUCCACCUACAGCAGCAGCUGCUGUUAGUGCUAAUGCUUUGGCUGGUUGGAUGGCUAAUGCUGCUGCUUCUUCUUCUGUCCAAGCAGCAGUUGUGACUGCAUCGUCCAUUCCUGUCCCCCCAAAUCAAGCCCCAAUGCUUAAAAGGCCCAGAACACCACCUGCAACACUAGGAAUGGUUGAUUAUCAGAAUCCUGAUCAUGAACAGCUGAUGAAACGGCUUCGUCCAGCACAAUCUGUUGAGGAGGUUACUUAUCCAACACCCCGUCAGCAACCUUCUUGGUCGUUGGAUGACCUCCCAAGAAACGUGGCAUUCACUCUGCACCAAGGCUCUGUUGUCACAAGCAUGGAUUUUCAUCCCUCUCAUCUGACAUUGCUGCUUGUCGGUUCAUCUAUCGGGGAGAUUACGCUUUGGGCGGUUGCAUCACGCGAGAGGUUGCUCUCAAAGCCAUUCAAAGUUUGGGACAUGUUGUCAUGUUCUAUACAAUUCCAGGCCACCUUUGGCAAAGACGUGUCGGUUAGUCGUGUAGCAUGGAGUCCAGAUGGAAAUUAUGUGGGUAAGUCCGUAAGGUUUUUCCAUCGUUGUUUUGUUAUUGUUUUUACACUGUAUCAAAGAUGUAUGUUAUUGUCUGGUGCAGGAGCUGCAUUCAGUAAGCACUUGAUCCAUUUGUAUGCAUAUUCUGGAGCUAAUGACCUACGACAACAUUUGGAGAUUGAUGCCCAUAUAGGCGGGGUGAAUGAUCUCGCUUUUGCUUAUCCAAACAAACAACUUUGUGUUUUAACUUGUGGAGAUGACAAGCUGAUUAAGGUAUGGGACUUAUCGGGAAGAAAGUUAUUUAAUCUUGAAGGACAUGAAGCACCUGUAUACUCUAUAUGCCCUCAUCAUAAGGAAAAUAUUCAGUUCAUUUUUUCAACUGCAUCUGAUGGGAAGAUUAAGGCUUGGCUGUAUGAUAAUUCAGGCUCUAAAGUUGACUAUGAUGCUCCUGGACAGUGGUGUACAACAAUGCUUUAUAGUGCUGAUGGUAGUAGAUUAUUUUCAUGUGGAACAAGUAAAGAGGGAGAUUCUUUCUUGGUCGAGUGGAAUGAGAGUGAAGGGGCAAUAAAAAGGACAUAUGUUGGAUUUAGGAGGAAGUCCCAUGGUGUUGUGCAAUUUGACACAACACAAAACCAUUUUCUAGCUGCUGGGGAAGAUCAUCACAUAAAGUUUUGGGACAUGGAUAAUGUUACUAUGCUCACUCAAACAGACGCUGAGGGAGGGCUUCCGAGUCUUCCACGGUUGAGAUUCAACAAGGAAGGGAACCUUCUUGCUGUUUCAACUGUAGAUAAUGGAAUCAAAAUACUUGCAACUGCAUCCGGGCUCCGGUCACUGAGGACUGUGGAAGACCCUCCAUUUGAAGCACUGAAGACACCUAUCGAAGCUGCAGCUAUUAAGAAUGGAAACAUGGAAAAGCCUAGGAUGACAGAAGAGGCAACUGAUACUAAAAUCAAACCUUGGCAGUUGGCAGAGAUUGUGGAGCCUGUGCAAUGUAGGCUAAUGACUUUACCAGAAAGUAUGGACAGUUUCAGCAAGGUUGCCCGACUUCUUUACACCAACAAUGGUGUUGGGGUCUUGGGUCUUGGUUCAAAUGGUAUUCAGAAGUUGUGGAAGUGGAGUCGAAAUGAGCAAAAUCCUAAUGGAAAGGCCACUGCCAGUGUAGUUCCGCAGCAAUGGCAACCGAGCAGUGGUCUUCUUAUGACCAAUGAUAUCUCAGGUGUCAAUCUUGAUGAAGCCGUACCUUGUAUAGCACUUUCGAAAAAUGACUCUUAUGUAAUGUCUGCUGCUGGUGGGAAGGUGUCAUUGUUCAACAUGAUGACAUAUAAAGUAAUGACAACAUUUAUGUCUCCUCCUCCUGCCUCCACAUUCUUGGCAUUCCAUCCCCAAGACAACAACAUUAUCGCUAUUGGAAUGGAGGACUCAACAAUUCACAUUUACAAUGUUAGAGUGGAUGAGGUGAAAUCAAAAUUGAAAGGUCAUGUGAAGCGCAUAAGUGGUUUAGCAUUUUCAACAAAUCUUGGUAUCCUAGUAUCAUCAGGAGCUGAUGCUCAGCUGUGUGUUUGGAGCAUUGAUACGUGGGAGAAGAGAAAAUCUGUCUCAAUACAACUUCCGGCUGGGAAGGCAGCCGUAGGUGAUACCCGUGUACAGUUUCACUCUGAUCAAACCCGUUUAUUGGUGUGCCAUGAAACCCAGCUAGCAAUAUAUGAUGCCUCUAAAAUGGAAUGCAUUAGACAGUGGGUUCCUCAGGACGUUCUGUCUGCACCUAUAUCCUAUGCAUCGUAUUCAUGUAACAGUUUGAUUAUAUAUGCUUCUUUUUGUGAUGGAAACAUUGGAGUUUUUGAUGCCGACACUUUGAAACUUAGAUGCCGCAUUGCCCCCUCAGCUUACCUCUCUCAGGCUCAAUUGAAUGGAAGCCCAAUCACACACCCGCUAGUAAUAGCUACCCACCCGCAAGAACCCUUUCAGUUUGCUGUAGGGUUGAGUGAUGGAGCCAUUAAAGUGGUGGAACCGACAGAGUCAGAAGGCAAAUGGGGGGUGAGUCCACCUGUUGAUAACGGAAUGCUGAAUGGUAGAACGGCUUCAUCGUCUGCCACAAGCAGCCACACACCUGAUCAGAUACAAAGAUAAUACUCUCCAACAAUCAUGGAUGUACAUUAUUGAAAUUCUUUCUUUUGUGUAUCCCGAUGUCGGUUUAGUGUGUAGACUGUAGGAUUGUAAUCUUCAGAUAAUGUUAUUUCAAAAAGGACCCACAUAGCAUUGGUUAGAUUGGUAUUUUUCUCUGUCUCACAUAACAAAUUGAAAUUGUGCUCAAAUAUGUUGUAUGUAGAAUAGAUGAUGUAUAUUAGUUGUUUUAUCCUAAUCAAUGUAUCAGUAGAAUCAUUGCACAA